ACAUGCGGAACCUCCAGCACAAUAUAUGCGGCGUUCACAGUGAACGGUCUUAAAUCUUGUUGCUCUACACGACUUCGUAGUGGGUCAAGUAUCAAAGUGAAAGGUGCAGUUGUAAAGAGUAAGGUUGUACAGGGGAACAAAUGGCUUUUUCGCGAAACGACAUCGCAAGAUACCUCUUUGUGAUAAUAUGGAUGUCUAUAAAUGUUGCCCUGUUUGUAUCUACAUAUUUAAAUUAUGGGACAACAAAGAAGUACCAUUACUUGAGAACAAUUAUCAAGGUAUGGUUAAAAUCUAGAAUUGCUGACACUGUCGGGGCUUGUGAUAGUAUCCAGCAUGAAGUAGAGGUAUACAAGACAGUAUCGCUAUUCUCUUGCAUGAGAUCGGCUUUGCAUAAAGAGUUUGGAGUAAAUGACAGUGGAAUGAAAGAUAUCGGUGACUGUCCAAGGCUGGCUGUAGAUGGGCCUUUUGGUACAUCAAGCACUGAUGUGUUCAAGUACAAUGUCAUUAUGUGUAUUGGUGCUGGUAUUGGAGUAACUCCAUUCGCAUCCAUCCUGAAGUCUGUCUGGUAUCGCCACAACCAACGUUAUGGUGACCUGGCAAUCAAGAAAGUGUACUUUUUCUGGAUCUGCCGGGACACAAAUGCGUUUGAGUGGUUCACAGACCUCUUGAAGCAUUUGGAAAUUCAGAUGGCUGAGAUGAACAUGACUGACCUUGUGGAGUACAAUAUCUACCUCACUGGAUGGGACACUAAACUGGCUAUUCAAACCACCAUGCACCAGGGUGCAGCAGAUAACAUCACACAUUUGGAAGCUAAGACACAAUAUGGCAGACCAGCAUGGAACAAGAUUUUUAAAGACAUUGCUGACAAACACAAAGGGACUGAAAUUGGAGUAUUCUUCUGUGGACCAAGUGUUUUGUCUCAUGUGUUGCACAAAACCGCCAACCAAUGCAGUGAUCAGAGCACUGGAGUGAAGUUUUCCUACAACAAGGAGAACUUCUAAUCAACCAUGGCCAGCGAAGACGGUGUUAGUCAUGCAUAUGACUAAUUUGAAAAUCUUUGUGUUGUCAGUAUUCAGUCUUCAUAGACUGAAACUAAUGUUUCCGCACAAGGCAUAAUUAGGAUAAAAAUAUUGAGCUAUCUGAUGUACUUCAGGCUCCAGUUGUUUUCGAAGGAUAUUAGCUGAAUA